AUGUCUGUGUUGAAUCCGGCGCAUUACACUGUCGCAUGGAUCGCCCCUCUCGAAAUCGAAGCACGCGCUGCCUUGCUGCUACUUGAUAACAGGCACCCGGGCGGAUUCCCUUUGAGCCGUGGCGAUGACUACAUCUUUCUACCAGGCGAUGUCUGCGGCCACAACGUCAUCAUUGCGACCCUGCCCGCCGGCCAGGAAUACGGGACUGGUUCCGCAGCUGCGAUUGCCAGCCAAGUGAAGAAAUGCUUUCCAAACCUCUGGUUCGGCCUGCUCGUUGGCGUCGCGGCAGGUCUCCCGAAUUUCUCGCGAACCCCUCCUCUAGAUAUCCGUCUGGGUGACGUCCUCGUCAGUUUACCAGAAGGCGAUAGUCCAGCGCUCGUCGCUUACGAUCUGGGCAAGGAUACAAACCAAAAUGGUUUCCAGCUUUUACACGGUGGACGCGUACUAUCUGCCACGGAAACAGUCGUUCGAUCAGCCAUUGGCAGGAUCAAACUUGAAGCGCCCAACGAUGCAGUUUUGCUUUUACCUUAUUACGAAAAGAUAAAAGACGAAGAGCACUCUAACGGCUCAUUUGUCGAUCCUGGUCAGGAGAACGACCUUUAUUAUCAUGUGGAUAAUGAUGGGGCGGAACGUCUGAAGCAACGCCAACCGAGACCGGAUUCUAAGAGAACGCGAGUUUGGUACAACAUCAUCGGUCUCGAGAUGGAGGCCGCCGGAACCAUGAAUCGCAUUGCUGUGGGCGUCAUCCGAGGGGUCUGCGACUAUGGAGACGAACAUAAGAAUAAGCAAUGGCAGCCAUAUGCUGCUGCAAUGGCUGCGGCGUAUGCCAAAGCUGUGCUGGCACAGAUCACGCCAGGAACAGUUGUGCAAAGUGAAGAGGCUGCGACGCAGAUUCGCAAAGCGAAAUCCCUAACCAGUGUCCCCAAACGUCCGCUCGAGGAGAGUUCUGCGAUUGAAGCUACCUUCCGAUCGACGAGAUCUCGUGUAGCAGGCCCGGAUAUGCAAGCUUCACACAGUUUCACCGCAGAUGCUGAUAUUGGAACAUUGACCAAAGAAGAGGAGGAAACGCUCCUGCAAUCAUUGGCCUUCGAUCAGAUCGAUGACCGUCAUAAUACUAUCGGAAUCGCACUCACAGACACUUGUCAGUGGCUGCUGGAAACGUCAAGCUUUCGGGACUGGCUUGACCCAGGAAUGCUCGACGAGCACCACGGCUUUCUCUGGAUUAAAGGAAAACCGGGAGCAGGAAAGUCAACACUCAUGAAAUUUGCACUUCAAAAUUCUCAAGAGGCAAAAAGAAGUAACAUCAUAUUUUUCUUCUUCAACGCUCGUGGAGAUGAUCUGGAGAAGUCCACGGCCGGAAUGUAUCGAUCAUUAUUACUACAACUUUUCGAAAGACUUCCGCAGCUUCGGCACGUACUCAACUGCUUCCGACUUACGAUGAAGAAUGGAAGCACCCCUCGUUGGACUACUCAGCAUCUGAAAUCGCUUUUUUCCCAAGCUUUGCACGACCUCGGAGAGUCCCCAUUGAUGAUGUUCAUCGACGCUCUGGAUGAAUGCGACGAGGACCAGAUCCGGGACAUGGUGGCAUUUUUGCAAGAUACUGCCGGGAAAGCCCGGCAGAAAAAGACUAUGCUGCAAAUCUGCUUUGCGAGCAGAUACUACCCUGAAAUCACAAUUGAGAAGGGCAUCCAUUUGGACAUUGGGUCACAGGAAGGGCAUGAUCAAGACAUAAUGACCUAUGUAAAAAGAAAGCUGCGAAUAGGACAGGAUAAAACUGCCCGAAAGAUCCGCGCUACACUCAUUGAGAAGGCAUCGGGUGUUUUCAUGUGGGUUGUCUUGGUGGUGCGGAUCUUGCAGAAGGUCUUCGACAAGGGAAACAGACAUGAGCUUGAGGCCCGGCUGCAGACAACACCCAAAGACCUCAACGCUUUGUUUCACGACAUCCUAACACGCGACGACUGCCGUCAGAAUGAGCUGCUUUGGUGCAUUCAAUGGAUGCUCUUUGCCAGGCACCCCUUGAGUCCCGGCCAACUACGAGAAGCCGUUCUCUGCGGCGCUGCGCCGAAUCAGUCGCGAGCUUGGCUUCGCGAGAGAAUUGACGAUAGUGAAAUUAAGCGUUUCGUCAUUGAUUGUUCCAAGGGUCUUGCGGAGUUAACCAAAUCCAAGAGGAACCCAACCGUUCAGUUCAUUCACGAGUCCGACAAAGCCAAGAGCGGCUGA